AUGAGCGGCUUCUCGCAUUGGCGUCUAAAGUCCGAAUUCCCGGCGGCGGAUUGCCGAGCAGUCUCCUACAUUACGACAGACAUGAGUGGUGGUGGCGAGUAUCCGUUCCCUAAGUACACCUGGUCCCCUGCUGGUGGAUGGUGGGCCAAGACCCAGAACUGGCAGCGCAAGACUGGCGUGGCGCUCGUGGUUCUGGCGGCCGUGGCUGGCCCCAUCGCUCUAUACUCGAGCUUGAACCAUUUCAAGUUCCCGGCCGAGGAGCGCCGUAAGCUGUAG